UGAGGUCCACUCAAAGCCGUUCAAAGUGAUGAUCUUUGAGUCUCGCGGCGCAGGACCGACUGCUCUAUUUCCCCGAGACCUUCCCUCCUCGGGGGCAUUUCCGCAGUGGAAUUGACGCAUUGUCUCAAGGAGUUAACAGCAUGCAUAAGCUUGACAGGGAUCAUCUUCCUAGUCGCCCUGCUGAAUGCUCCUUCGCCCACCACUUGUCGUCCAGCUCUUUGCCAUUGGUGGAAGUGAACACGAGUAAAGAGGGGAGAAGACAUAGCAUUCCAGUGCAGACCUCUGUAAGCCGGCUAGACCAGAAUUGUCGGGUAUGCGACCGGGGGGUACGAGAUCAGAUACUGCUUGGCGGAGUUCAUGAAGAGCUGCAGAGACGCGAGGUCGAGAAAACCUGCAUAAUGGAAUGCAGUUUGCUGCAGAAGCUUAUCACCUCCCGCAUCGCUUUUAUUUUUAUUUUCCUUCUUUGUUCCUCCUUCACUACUCAACAGACAAAUGGACGCCCGCAUUAUUUCCUCCCCAGGCCUCAACCGUCUGGUAUUCCAGGUCCGAACUUAGCGCCCGAGCAGCAGAGUCGAUCGGCACGGCGAUGAGGACAACAUAUGGGGGCCUCUUAGACUCUGGAUCGGGGAUGGAAAUCCGAAAUUUUUGUGGAGAAAAAGGGGGUCAGUGAACUGAGCGAAGAGCUCGUCCAGCGCGACUAGCGCGGCCACUUCACCAGUCUCUGUAGUCUGUAC